UCUGGCAAGUUUUGCAUGAGAAUUAAGCGAUGAAAGUGAUAACCACAAUUUUCUUGUGCGUGUUUUUGUUGUCUUUUAUCAUUCGUGAUGUGCUUUGUGCGAGCAUUCCUGUCACGGCGUCACCAAGACCGCCAAUGCCAAAGGGUUUUGGAACGGCGAAACGUGCCAUCAUCAUCGGUAUAGAUGGCUUGGGAGGUUCGUAUUUGAGAAAUGUAACCGAGCAUUACCACACAUUUAGAUCAUUCUUUGAACAAGGUUCCUACACAACCCGUGCAAGAGGAGUGUUUCCCACAAAAAGUGGGCCAAACUGGAGUUCGUAUCUGACCGGCAUGAACGUGAUGGAACAUGGAGUGUUCGAUAAUGACUGGACUGUGUUAACUAAUGGUGAUCCGGAGAAUGAAACUACUUACAGUAUUCCUCCUGUAAGUGGUCGUGGGCGCCCUGAGACCAUUUUUACACAAGUGAAAAGAAAAGAUCCGAAUUUGCAGACAGCAAUGAUGUUCACGUGGGCUUGGUUGAAAAAUUACGCGAUUAACAAUACAGACGUGGAUGUCUGGAGCUGCGGGAGUGAUAAUGUCCAGUGUACAGGCGAUGUUAUAAACUGCUACAACAACAAAGAUAUGAAUACAGCAUUUGCCGUCAAAGAAAAUUUGCUGAAGAAUGAUCCGAUUCUAACGUUCGUUCAUUUUGAUCAGCUUGACGCGGCUGGGCACUAUUCCUAUUGGGGAUCUCCUGGAUACUACAGUUCUCUGGCGUCAGUGGAUUUGAAGAUCAAGUAUCUGAUCAACGCCUUGAAUGACAACAACGAUUCAUCAGGAAAGCAAAUGUUGAGUGAGACAAUGAUAGUCAUAGUUGCGGACCACGGAGGCUGGAGAAGUAGUCAUGGCUUUGGUUUCAAACCGUUCAGUGCGUUGAUUGACAUUCCUGUACUUAUACGCGGUCCUGGUGUGCUUCGAAACAACAGUUUGGAAGACACAUACGUAUCGAAUUUAGAUGUGGCUGUGACCGUCCUGAACGCCAUUGGUGUGGAGAAAAGCAAGUUUAUGAAAGGUCAGGUUUUAGAACAGAUUUAUGCGUAAAAACGUUCAAAGUUGAUUUGCGCAGUAAUCCUGAGAAAUAUAAAAUAUAUAUCAAGUUAAAAUACAAUUCAAAAGGCAAGAAGGAAAGCUUGUAGUGUAAUUAAAAUUGUGUUCUACAAUAUCUGGAGAAUUAAUUUAGGUGUUCACUAAAACUGACUAUUUACGUGUUGUUACUUUAUGCAUAAAUGUAGGCUACGAAAUAUUUUCCUGGUUAAGCCGGGAAAGUUUUUUUAAAUAUCCACGCAGGUUGAAUUGUUGUUCAGCUUCGAAUAGCG